UAUAGCUUACCCACGUUUCCGAUACAGAUACAACUCGUUCUCCAGGGUUUAUAUUGUUUGCACGCUGAUAUCGUAUUGUUCCUCGCUCAUCGGCUUAGUCCUUGUUCAGCUUGCAAUCUCAGGUUUUUGGAUUCGUUUGCUCUCUCUCUAGUUGUUCGGAUCUCGACCUGCGUUUUGCUUGCAAUGGAUAGUCGGAAGAGAGUUGGGCCAGACGCUGCCUUCAACCCAGAUAGGGGUGUUAAGAAAUUGAAGCAAGCAUUGGAGUCCUCAUCAACUGGUAAGGGAAGCAAAAUGGAACAGGUUACAAAAUUUGUCAGCACUGCGGAGAUGAUAAAGCUGGGACCAAAUCAAGCUACAAUGUAUGUGGCAUCCCCACCAUCCAUCCCGGAUGACUCUUAUCAACCUGCUUUUAAAACCCGUCUGUGCAUCGAUUAUAAUACUGCUAAAGGCUGCAAAUUUGGAGAAAAUUGCCAUUUUGCCCAUGGCAUUUGCGAAUUUGGAAAGCCUUUUUCUCUAACCUUUGGUAAAAGUCACGGUGCCAUGGCUUCAGGACGUUUUGCUGGUAGGAUGAGGCUACCUUACUCACGUCCUCCCUUGUCCAUUAACAAGGACCCAAUCACUGCCCAAAUUAGUGUAGAUGCUUCCCUUGCUGGAGCCAUCUACGGGCAUGAUGAUUUGAAAACUAUGCUGGGUGGUUUACAAGUUAAAAUAUUCAUCCGAGAGCACAAGUCAGGUCCUAAUCUCAAGAACAUUGAGCUUCAGGGCAAGUUUCAACAGCUGAAGACUGCGAGUUCUCUGGUAAUACAGCAGAUCGAACGUAUACGCAUUGAGUUUCAGGGCAAGUUUCAACAGCUCAAGAUAGCGAGUUCUCCGGUAAUAGAGCAGAUCGAACGUACACGUGGAUCUCCCAACUACAAAAUUUAACUGUCAGGGGAACGGUAUUUAUGGUAUUUGAAUUACUACUAUUUUCUGGUUUGCUUGUGUUAUUUCUCAGACUUUGAUAUCUCGGAUUGUAGUUUCCUUUUUUCUUUUUUCCCCCUAUUGUCAAUGUGUUUUGUGCUUGUGUGUUCUGCUUUAAAUGGAUGCUGACUGUUGUAGAUUAAUAUGACCCAUGAAAACAUGCUGCACUUGUUGAAAUUUAAAGCCAUGUGCUAUUCCCUGCUUCUGUGUA